AUGUCUACCAAAGUUUUUUCCAAGCGGCAGGAUUUGCAAGCAAUCCGAGGAUUGGCCAUUCUAUCAGUACUUGGAUUCCACUUCUACCCUAACCAAUUUCCCAAUGGAUAUCUUGGAGUUGAUCAGUUUUUUGUCCUCUCUGGAUUUCUGAUGUGCAUGUUGUUGAGCAAAACUUCCGGUAUGUCAAUUCCAGCUGUCUUUCUAUACUUCUACACCCGCCGAUUAAAACGAAUCCUUCCGAUGUACUUCUUUGCAAUAUUCCUUGCUCUAAUUGCACUCUACACUGUAUUCAGUGUGACCACUGUUCUACAAAACCAAUAUUCUGCUCUUCGAGCUUUAUUCUUUACGUCGAACCGUCAAAAAACCGGUCCAGAAAACUAUUUUGAAAAGUUGUCCCUAGCAGUAGAUAUAUUCACGCAUACUUGGUCACUAUCAGUGGAAGUCCAAUUCUAUUUAAUUGUUCCAGUAAUUUUCUUGAUUGGAGAUGUGCUGUCAGGGAACAAACAAUUGGGAUAUUACUUUGCUUUAGGUGCCACAUCACUCUCCUACCACCUUCUGUCUCCUCCCGAUGUUUCGUUCAACAGCGUGUUUGCAAGAAUCUGGCAGUUUUUAAUCGGCAUGGUAGUUUACAUAAGACAACGCCAUAGAAGCAGUAUACCGACCGAUGAACCGGAGUCUGGAAAGGUAUUGGAAAAUGUUGAUGGGGAAGAAAGUUCAUCGGUUAAAUACUUGUUUCUCUUCCCAAUGAUUUUUCUGGCGAUUUUCGAAUAUCCACUGCCACCUACUUUAAUGAGGUUAAUAUUCACAAUAUUCACUGGAUGCUUUAUUCUAUACUCAGUGGAUGAUGACUACCUCGAAAAUCGAUUCUUAACUUACAUCGGAGACAUUUCCUAUACUCUUUAUCUAGUUCAUUGGCCAAUCUAUGCAUAUUGCAAAUUAAGUUACCCGGAAAGCAUUUCAGUAUUGACAACUGGUUUGAUAGUGUCCAUAUUGAUGUCAGUGGUUUUAUACGAGACAUUUGAGAGGUGGUACCUGAAACUCUCAAAUAUAAACGUAGCAAUUCUUGUGGUGGCUUUGUUCACGUCAAACUUAAUUCUGAUCUACAAAGAUAGCAUAUUCAACACAACGGAAAUUCCUACGCCAAGCAACUCGACGAAUUUAGAUGGAGUCACUGAUGAUAUGGAUGUUUACGACGCGAUUCGUUUGAACGCUCACUGGAUUAUGACAGACCUCACUGGACUUGUGCCACCUAAGUGUACACGGGAGACACCGGGCAAAGAUUGGUGUAAUUAUGAGGUAAAUGGCACCGACUUGAAACUGGCAGUUUUAGGAAACAGUAUUGCCGAGAAUCAUUUGAAAAUGUUCAUUCAAGAAUGUGGAUAUAGAUCCUAUAAUCUUAGAGCGUACACGUUUAAUGGUUGUGAACCGUUAGCCGCAUUUGAGACGGAGCCACAUUGCAAGAUUCAAUUAAAGGAAUAUGAUAGUUUCCUUAAAAAUACACAACCGGACUAUGCAUUCAUUUUCACACGAUUUUUCGCCACAGGAUUUGUUACAAACUCAAACUCUACAGAAACCGACCCGGUCUAUCUAGAAAUGAGGGAUCAAAUGAGAAAAUUCAUUCCAAAUAUCAAAAAGAAGUUGUAUAUUCUGGAUGCAUUCCCAAGAGUUGAAAUGUCAUAUACUUUGAAAGUGGCAAGGGAUUUGAAAAAUGGAAGGAAUUUGGAUGAUAUUCAUAAAUAUCUCAUGCUAUUCGACAACUAUAAACUGGCUCGCCAACGUACUGAAGCCAUCGUAAAGGAAUGUGGUGCCAAGUGUGAGCUCAUCGACUAUGAGCCAUUGCUUUUCAACAAAACUACCAAUCGCUUCGAGUACUUUGAUUCUCGCGGGUUCCUCUACUUUACUGCAGUCAAUCAUCUGUCGGUUCAUGGAUUGGAGCUGGUGCGGCCGAUUUAUACAAAGAUUUGUCGAGAUUUAGAAUAA